AUGGAUCCCACCUCGACCGAGCACGACUUUCGCUUCCCCCGCCGGCCAGACCCUGAUCCUCCGCAUGGCCUCUGCGCGCCCGACGACGCCCGCACCUGCUUCGACCGCUUCAGCGCCCACCUCAAUCGCCCCUCGCCCGACGGCCUGCUGGGCGAUGCCCUCUUCCCCUCGCUGCAGAGCGCCGCCCUCGACUCGCCCGACAGCCUCGAUCAGAUGCAGCGCGACGACCCGCUCGCCACCCAGGUCUGGAAGUUCUUCAAGUCGACCAAGCAGCAGCUGCCCAACCAGCAGCGCAUGGAAAACCUCACCUGGCGCAUGAUGGCCCUCGGCAUGCGCAACAACGCCCACCGCGACCAAGAGCCGAGCCACCACGGCAUCGCCCAGCUGCGCAAGACGUCCGAGAACACCGGCGCCGAUCCCAUGAACAUCGAUGACUUCUUCGACGGGUCAGACACCCCCCCGGCUGGCCUCAUGUCCCCGCCUCCGCUUCCGUGCAGAGCGACAGACACUGCUGCCGCCAUCCCCAUCAAGCUGCGCCGGGACUCGGCCACCCAAUUCGUCCCCCAGUCGCUGCCCCAUCACCAGCGCCCUCCAGACGACGAGUUCGACUAUGUCACGCGUCAUCAUCGCAAGACGAGCAUUGACGAUCGCCGCAACCGAAAGCGCCCCGCAAACUUCUCCCCCCAUGUGUCUGCCGUCAGCAGUAGCGCCGCCGGCGGUGCUCAUAGUCUGGACCCGGACGCCGACCUCCAAGGAUAUUCUCUCGACAACUCCAACCCAGCCGCCAUGCAUCAGCAUCAGCAGCAACUGCCGGGCGCCAGCUCGGCUAUUCCCUUCAACCUAGACUCUUUUAUGGACAGCGACCCCGUCAUCAACUCGGCGCCCCAUUUCCCGCAAUCCUUCUCCUUCUCUCCCUCGACUUCUCCAAUGAUACCCAACGGACCGUUUUCUGCAAUGUACAUUAACAAUGGCACCUCUUCCGUCCCCUCGUCACUUCACACCACAGACCUCUAUUCUCCAACUGGCUCCGCCUACCAGUCGGCCGUGUCCACUCCGAUUCCCAUUGCCGAAAACGAUGGCUUCUACUUGGGAGCCCAUGACUUGCGUCCCCAGCGUUCGCAGAGCUUCCGACAGCCUACUUCUCACAGCAUGAGCAGCAGCAUGGGUCCAGGCCAGCACUACCUGUACAACGGCCCCAAUGGCGGCAGCACUAGCAAUCUCAGCAGCAGCGCCGUCAUGUACCCUCCCGGCCCCGGGCCCGAGGUUAUGACGGCUUUUGGCACACCCCAGAGCUCCUUUGGCCACGUCGAUCCGAAUCGGGUCUUUCAGCCCGAUAGCCAAGGCGCCUCCCAUGCCAUCCCGAUGCGCCAAGACCACAUGUUCUCCUUCGGCGGGGACUCGGAUGACGAAGAUGGCAACGGGAUGGGCGACGGCGGCGUGGCCAUGCGCGGCGAUUUCUCGUCGGCCGUCGACGAGGCAGGAUCCUUGGGGUGGGAUGCGUCGCUCCCCGGCCAGUUCAGUACGCAGGCCGCUCGUUUCCCUGGUGGUCCGCCUCGGAAGCAAGUCAUGAUAGGAGGCACGACUACCGAGUACGUCGACACCAGUGGCGAAUGGGAUCACAGCGGGCUAGCCCGAUCUCAGUCGCAGUCGUUUAGACACGGGGGUGACGUGCGUCAGCAGAGGAUCCCUCGCAAUGCGUCGACUCCCUCCCACCUGGCGACAAAGCACAGCGCCUUUGAUCAGGCCACUCAGUCGGUGCCCACCUCGCCCGGGGGGGAAGUCAAUGGGGCCAUGUCGGGCUUUUCCUCGGCCGCGCCUAGCCAGCCGCCCUCGCCGCCGGGUCUGAGGCGCGAUUCCUCGACCAACCUGCAGGCAGCAGGCGGGAGCCAGAGCGACGGAAGCCAACCAACAACAUGCACCAACUGCUUCACCCAAACCACCCCACUGUGGCGGCGCAACCCGGACGGUCAACCCCUCUGCAACGCUUGCGGCCUCUUCCUCAAGCUGCACGGCGUGGUGCGACCGCUGAGCCUGAAGACUGACGUCAUCAAGAAGAGGAACCGGGGUUCUGGAGGCACCGGCGCUAGCUCGACCCUAUCGAUGUCGACGACGGCCGCCAAGAGCAACCCUCGGCCGAGCACGGCGUCACCCCCGGCCAGUCGAUCCUCGGUCCCCGCCAAGGGAAGCGAGAGCCCGGCCAGCGGUGGCCCCGGCUCUGGACUCAACUCGGCCGGCAGCACCCCAACGAGCCAUUUCGGAAACGCGGGCCCUGCCGCUGGAGUCAUGGUCGUGGGCAUCAAGGGCGCCGUGCCAAUCGCAGCUGCGCCCCCCAAGGCGACGCCCGGUCCUGGUGCCUCGACGGCGUCUCGCCCCCCUGCCGCGUCGUCGAAGCGCCAGCGCAGGCACAGCAAGAGUGUCGGCUCCGAGUCGUCCACGGGCAUGGAUGUCGACAGCCCUGACGAGACGCCUUCUCCCAACGACGUUGCUCGGUCCCUGGGUCACGUCUCCGCCAUGGGUCCCAUUCCCGGCUCCAUGAUGGCGAGCCCCUUUGGCGUCAGCCAACGGACGCCGACUGCGCCCGGCAGCAUGAUACCCAUGGCUCCGCAUCAGGCCACCAGGGCAAGCCCGCCCGGCGCGCAGGAAUGGGAGUGGCUGACGAUGAGUCUCUAA